AUGGAUGUGGCUGCGCGUACCAAAGACACAACUCUUAAAGCGUUCUUCAAACUUUGUCGACAGGACGAGUUUGCUAGGACUCUACUGUACCCAGACGUGCCUUCAUACUACGUGUGGAUAAAAAAAAACACCUGGGCUCGGCGGAAGUGCGAGACCAACGUCGGGGGCUAUCCAGGCGUCAAAAAAGACGCCACACUCGGAAGGGUAUUCACGGUUCCCCCAUCGCGACAGGAAUGUUUUUACUUGCGACUCCUUUUGGAAGACGACAGCCAGUGGGAUGCCACAAUGGCUGAGGGAGCUCUUUUAAAAUUGCCCUCUGCUUUGCCCCACCUCUUCACCACAAUCUUACAAAUGUGCGAACCCUGUGAUCCCAAAUCACUUUGGGACAAAUACAAGGACUUUUUGUCCGAAGACAUACUCAGAGAAGCACAACUGAUGUGUCCAACAAUGGCUCUUACAUUCAACCAUGAAAUUUACAACAGGGCGCUUAUAAUCAUUGAGAACCUGUUUGUUGAAAUGGGGGGGGGAUCUCUCGCGGCUAUUGGGCUUCCAACGCCAGAUCGUGUGGCUUCCUCCAGUCUCUCACCUGAGAUUGGACGGGAGACAUCCUACUCUGUUGAAGAGAUCAACGCCUAUGUCACAACAAAUGAGCCAAAACUUCUCGUAGACCAAAUGGCCGCUUACGAUGCUGUUCUUGCAUCCACCAGGCAGGAUGCAGGAUCAAUUUUCUUCCUGGAUGCGCCUGGGGAACGGGAAAAACGUUCGUAG